AUGCGGGAGGUGCAGGAAGAGCUGAGGGCCGCCACAUCGAACGCCGGAGUAACUACUCCGCAAUGUGACGAGACUUUCAAGAGCACGGUAGCUGGUGCGCUCAUGGACCUCAGCAGUGUGCCUUUCUCCGCGGUCAAGCGUUUGGUGCAGAACUAUGUUGAAGUACACAGGCCGCAGUAUCCCUGCGUUUCGGCAUCGCUAGUAGAAAAUAUUGUCGAUCGAAUUCGGAGCGAGGUAGACGACACCAACACCUUCUUCUCCAGUGGCAAACCAGCGACGUCUGGACUCGGUCACUUCGAAUACUUUGUCCUCUUCAUCACCCUUGCAAUAUCCGCAAUGACACUCACCUGGGCAGACGAAAAUCAGGCUCGUUCUGCAUCAGAGGCAUUUUUCGGCUCGGCCAAGAAGCACCUGCAAGCAUUGGACGAUAAUGACGAGAUCCAGGCUCUCCAGAUCUCUCUGUUACUGGUACAUUAUGCACAGCAGUGUCCUGAACGAGCAGACAAUUGGACAUGCAUAUCGCACGCCAUUCGAAUCGUUCUUGACCUGGGCUUGCAUAAAGGAAGCCCCGACGCCUUGAGCUUGGCAGACCAACGUCAAAGACGCCAAUUAUUCUGGGUCGCUUAUGGCAUGGAAAGAUCACUCUGUUCGGUCCUGCGGUUGCCUUUAUCAUUCUCAGAAGAGUCGAUAUCGACGCCGCCCCCUGCCGACUUUCGCCCUGAUCACCUUUUCACUUCCGACGAUAUCGAGAAAGAGUCGUCCGCGAACCACAUCUAUCUCUAUCGCGCGCUUGAAACCGAGGCCCAUCGCGUGCUGCAUCUUGAACACGAUCUCGAGAUUUUCAGACAUGUUGAUGUGUCAGAUUGGAUCUCUGACAUCUCCAGUCGCCUUGCCAGAUGGUAUGCCAAGGCCCAGUCCUACACACAAUACAACAUGCUCGAAUUCAAGCAUGUCCAAUACAACCACCUUCUUUUACGUCUUCAUCGACCUACCCCCCGUCUGCGAGUACGCAGCGAUGAAGACCGCCGCAUUGUACUCGAUGCAUCCGCAGCACUCAUUGAGGACUAUCUGUCCCAAGAGCGACGUCGCCGCCUCUUCUAUCCUUUCCACGGGGCACACAUCCUAUUUGAAGCCGCAGCGAUUUCUCUCGAGGCAUGCUGGUGGCUGAAAGGAGCCGCGGAGCCUUUGCGCAGUGUACUUGAGCAAAUGCUGUGCACCGCGGUCCCCAACUGCCUCGACCUCUUGACCAAGAUGGGCCGGCGAUGGAAUGCUGCGCAAGUCAGUGCAAAGCGGCUCAGGCCCAUUUUAGCUGAUGUCACUGCAGCUUGUGGAUUCGCCAACUACGAGAACGAUGGGCAGUCUGCAAGCGCCAUCAGCGACGAGGUAGCUAUUGUCCAGCAGCUUGAGAAUUUGUUGUUUCCGGAUGGGCCGCUCAUAUGGGACACACUGCCGUCUGGGGAGCAAGACUCAUGGGCAGCAAUUCUUGGAACAGGAAAUACCAACUUUGCAGAUGGCAAUGACGUCUUCUUUGACGACCUGGAACUUUUCUCGUGGCAGCCCAAUUGGGGACUUGUGUUUGAUGACGCCAGUACCAUUUCCAAUCCCGGAGUCAAUCUGGAGGGAAGGUCGUUGAAUGGCCUGCAAUUCUAG